AUGGCUAUUGCGCCUAUCUUCAAGAAGGCAUACUGGUCACUUGCCAUUGCGGGUGAAAAUCAGGUGCAACAAUUCGAUAUCAGCACUCCAGAUGGAGAGGUACUUUGGGGAUGGCAUGUCCUCCCUCUUACGUUAUACGCCGAAAACGAGAGAGCUGUGACUGGGCAGACUAAUGGAGCUGAGGACUAUGAGAAAUCAUGGGCUUUCAAGCUUCUGGCUGAGGAUCCUGAGAGCCGCCUAAUCAUAUACUUCCAUGGCAAUGCAGGCACUGUAGCUCAAGGAUGGCGUACCGAUACGUACCGUGCAAUCACUGCCGGCGCCUCUAACAAGAUUCAUAUACUGACUGUAGAUUAUCGCGGGUACGGAAAAUCUACAGGUAGUCCGACCGAGGCCGGUCUCAUUACAGACGGUAUCACUUUGAUAAAAUAUGCGAUGGAAGUGGCCCGUAUUCCUCCGGAGAGGAUUGUCAUCGUCGGUCAAAGCCUCGGUUCUGCCGUCGCAACGGCUGCAGCAGAGCAUUUUGUUCUUGAAGAUGCCGUGGAAUUCAGAUGUUUAAUACUUUGUGCAGCUUUCUCUGACGUCCCGACGCUUAUGUCGACGUACACUAUUGGUGGCCUAGUCCCGAUUCUCUCGCCUUUAAGACCAUAUCCUUUCCUCAGCCAAUUCUUUGCCAACCGUAUCCAAGAGACAUGGUUCACAUUCGCGAGGCUGGCCAAUCUGGUCCGCAGAAGUAAAAACGUCAACGUACAUUUGAUCCACGCCACAAAUGACUAUGAUAUACCAUGGUCUCACUCGAAUACAUUAUUCCAUGCAGCUGCAAAUGCCACUAGUGCGGAAGGCCUUACGUUCAAGCAGAUAGAUGCUGUCAAAACAAAAGUCGACUUCGGCGAGUCGGGAUGGACUAACUUCUGGAGAACAGUGCAAGAAGACGGUGGAAGGAAGAUUAUUAGGCAGGAUGUUGUCAAGCACGGAGGUCACAACCGUGUGGUUACUUAUCCUGUGGUGGCUAAAGCAGUGUUCAAUGCGUUCUAUAUGGAGAGUUAG